AUGCUCUCAAAGCUCGCAAAGAAGAACAACUCAAAAAUUUUGAAGAAUAUCCUCAAUCAUCGUGGAUUCGCUACAACAUCAGCUAAUCGUGAGUCUGCUGCUUUGGACCAAUCUUCAGUUCAACCAUCAUAUAAUUUACCAUAUGAAUUGACAAAGGCUCCAGCUUCACGUGUUACUGUUCUUAACAAUGGUUUCAGAGUUGUAACUGAACCAAAAGUUGGUGAAACCUCUGCUGUUGGUGUUUUCAUCGGUGCUGGUUCUAGACAAGAAAAUGUUUUCAACAAUGGUGUUGCUCACUUUUUGGAACAUAUGUACUUCAAGGGUACCAACAAGAGAUCUAAAGUUGCUAUUGAAGCUGAACAUGAAAGAACAGGUUCUCUCUUGAACGCUCAUACAUCUCGUGAAUAUACUGCUUUUACUAUACAAUGUUUGAAGAAUAACGUUGAUAGAAGUGUAAAUUCAUUGUCCGAAAUUUUGCUUGAUAGCAGAUUGGAUGAAAAGGAUAUUAAUGAAGAAAGAGGUGUUAUUUUGCUUGAAUCUGAGGAUGUCAGCCAAAGUGUUGAAGAAUGUGUUUAUGAUGAAUUACAUAGAACCGCUUUCCCUGAUUCAGGACUUGGAUUGAGCAUUCUUGGUCCUGUUGAAAACAUUAAGAAACUUUCUCGUCAACAAAUGAUUCAAUAUCAAAAGGAUUUCUAUACAGCUGAAAGAAUGGUUUUGGUUGGUACUGGUAAUGUUGAUCAUGAAGCUCUUGUUAAACUUGCCGAACAAAACUUUGGUCAUUUACAAAGUGCUACUAAGACUCCACGUCCACUCGCUGAAUACCAAACUACUCCAGAAUAUAUUGGUUCAGAUGUUAGAGUUGACACUGAAGAUGUUAACGGUUUGCAUGGUGCUAUUGCUUUCCAAGGUCCAGGUCUCUCCUCUGGUGACAUGGUUGUUAUUAACUUGAUUCAAUUCCUCUUGGGUGCUUUCGAUGUUUCUCAAGGUACUCCAGGUAAAUAUGCUGCUUCCAAUAUGGCUCAAUACAUCGGAGAACAAGGAUGGGCUCAACAAGUUCUUCCAUUCCUCCACGGAUACUCUGAUACAUCAUUGUUCGGUGUUAAAUUCGUCAGUGAUGGUGGUGAAGAUACUGAUUAUUUGAUGGUUGAAAUUAUUAGACAAAUGACUCGUCUCUGUUAUAAGGUUACUAAUGCUGAAUUGGAACGUGCUAAGAAUUUGCUCAAACUCUCUGUUUUAUCUCAAUAUGAUGGAAAUUUGAAGAAUGUUUUGGAAGAAGUGGGUAGACAAACCCUCUUGUUCAACAGAAGACCAUCUGCUGCCGAAAUGUUCGCUAGAAUUGAUUCCAUCACUGUUGAUGAUGUUAAGCGUGUUGCCAAUACAUACAUCUAUGAUAAGGAACCAGUUCUUGUUGGUGUUGGUUACACUAAGGAAUUCAUUGAUUACUCAUGGGCUCGUUUGUUCACUUCUAGCAUUCGUUUGUAAAUUUAUAGUUAGUUGAGAGAUUUAUUUCAAACAACUCUGAACCAUGUCCUUUUAGUUUUCAAUAGUACCUCUCUAAGGGAUACACUCUAAUUAUUAGUGCCUUAUCAAAGGGAAAUAAAAAGUCACAAUUUAAAUUCU